UUCUUUUUUUUUUUUUUUCCGUUGCUGUCUUUUUCUGUAUGGACUCGUUCUGCGGCGGUCCUGGCACCUGGGGCCCUGCGCUGCCAGACAAUGCCACGCGCGUGGACUUUACACCGUGCUUUGAAGACGUGGUCAUCAUGCUGACGCCAGUCGCGUUCGUCCUGGUCAUCGGCCUGCUGCGCUGGUACUACCUCGUGCGCUGCUUCCCGCGAACAGACGAGCUCUCCAUCUCGUGGGUCUAUCGCUCCCAGCUGCUCGUGUCCUUUGCCCUCAUCAUUGUCACCCUGGUCGAGAUGAUCAAGGUCGCCCAUGAAGUGCGCAUUGGCGAUCCCGCCGUCCAGGCCGACUACCACCUGUUUUACGUCAUUUGCAUGUUCUUGGGCCAACUCAUUGUGCCGUUUGUGCUCUGGAAUGAGCGCAACCACGGGCAGCACAUGUCGUCGACCAUCUCCAUCUUUUGGCUGUGCUCGGUCGCGGCUGGUGCUGUCAAGUUCCGAACCCUGGUGCUCAUUGCAGACACGGCCGACCACUUCCGACUCGUCUCAUUCUUUGUCUACUAUGCGUUCAUGCUCUUGGCCGUGAUUACCACCGUCUUGCCGGAGCGUGAGAGCGAGUACAGCUCGAUUGACGAGGAUGCGAACGCUUGCCCGGAAGCCAAGGCCUCUCUCUUCUCCAACUUGACAUUCUGGUGGGUCAACGGGCUGGUCCGCUUGGGCUACAAACGCGACUUGCAGCAGGAGGAUUUGUGGAGCUUGAACAAACAGGACCACGCUGAUGUGCUGGCCGACCAGUUUGAGCAUUCGUGGAACAUCGAGCGAAACUACAAAAACCCGUCCAUGUACCGCGCCCUUGGCCGCGCGUUCGGCAAGACCUUUUUCUUUGCUGGUCUGUUCAAGAUUGCGCAAGACUCGCUGGGGUUUGUGUCGCCGCAGCUGCUGGAUAGCAUGAUUCUGUUCAUCAAGGACACGAACGCGCCCGUUUGGCAGGGCUACGCGUACGGCGCUGGCAUGUUUGUGACUGCCAUUCUGCAGUCCCUCAUCCUGCACCAGUACUUCCACCGAUGCAUGCGUUCCGGCAUGCAAAUCCGCAGCGGUCUCACUGCCGCCGUCUACCGCAAGGCGCUGGUGCUGAGCAACACGAGCCGCCAGUCUGCCACCGUUGGCGAGAUUGUCAACCUCAUGAGCGUGGACUCGCAGCGCUUCCAAGACCUCACCACCUACCUGCACAUUCUCUGGUCGGGCCCGUACCAGAUUGCCUUGUGUCUGUACUUUUUGUACGAUGCGAUGGGCCUUUCGAUCCUUGCCGGAGUGGCCGUCAUGAUUCUCAUGAUCCCGAUCAACGCGCUGAUUGCCGUGCGCAUGCGUGGUCUGCAGAAGGUCCAGAUGAAGAACAAGGACUCGCGCAUCAAGCUCAUGUCGGAAAUCCUCGCGGGCAUCAAGGUCCUCAAGCUGUACGCGUGGGAGUCGCCGUUCAUGCUCAUGGUCAAGGUUGUCCGCGACCGCGAGCUCAAGGUGCUCAAGACCACCAGCUACCUGAAUGCCUUUGCGGCGUUUGCCUGGACGUGCACGCCUUUCCUCGUCUCGCUCGCCACAUUCAUCACCUACACCACGACCGGCAACGACCUGACAGCCGAGAAGGCCUUUGUGGCACUUGCGCUGUUCAACCUGCUCCAAUUCCCCUUGUCCAUGCUGCCCUUCUUGCUCAGCUCGGUCGUCGAGGCAAGCGUCUCCAACAAGCGCCUGAUCAAGUUCCUCAUGCUCGACGAGCUCAAGUCCUCCAACGUGAUGCGCGCGCUGCCCCGCGACAUGGACGAUACGCGCAUGGUACCCGUCGACCCCCAUGGCACCUCGUCGAACAAUGGCGCUGCGGGUGUCUCUGUUGCGCGCAAGGUGCGCGUGCUCGUCCGCAAUGGCCAGUUCAAAUGGACGACCGAGUCGCCCGAGCCAGUCCUCCGGAACAUUCACUUUGAGGCAGUCGACAACACGCUCACCGCCGUUGUCGGCCGUGUGGGCUGCGGCAAGUCCUCGCUCGUCGCUGCCUUGUUGGGCGACAUGGAAAAGACCGGCGGCGACGUCUAUGUGACUGGGUCGGUCGCGUACGUCCCGCAGCAACCGUGGAUUCAGAACGGCACCUUGCGCGACAACAUUCUGUUUGGCCAGCGCUACGACCCCGAUCGCUACGCACGUGUGAUUGAUGCGUGCGCGCUCAAGCAGGAUCUGGACAUGCUUCCUGGUGGCGAUUUGACGGAAAUUGGCGAGAAGGGCAUCAAUCUCAGUGGUGGCCAAAAGCAGCGCGUCAGCAUUGCCCGCGCCGUGUACCAAAACUGUGACAUUUAUAUUCUGGAUGACCCGCUCAGCGCAGUCGACGCGCACGUUGGCAAGCACAUUUUCGACAACGUCCUGGGCUCGCGUUCCAUCCUUCGCGACAAGGUUCGCAUUCUUGUCACGCAUUCCGUGAGGUUUUUGCCGCAAAUGGACAAGAUUGUUGUGGUGCGCGAUGGUUGCAUCACCGAGUCGGGCUCGUACUCGCGUCUCAAGGAGGACGGCCAGGACUUUUCGCGCUUUUUGGCCGAGUAUGCCGCUGAGGCCGAGGCCGAAUCCCAGCGGAAGCAUGCCGCCGACGCGGAAGCAGGCGCCGACGAGGCCAAGCCUGGCGAUGCCAAGGCGCCCGACGGCAAGGCAGUGGACGCAGCCCCGACAAAGGCGGCCAAGACAACAGAGCCAGCCGGCAACCAGCUCGUUGCCAAGGAAGGCAUGGAGGCUGGCAGCGUCAAGAUGAGCGUCUACAAGGACUAUAUGCGCGCCAACGGAUUUUGGCUGUGCGCCAUCAUCUGCGGCAUGUACAUUGUGGGCCAGGCUCUGCAAGUGGGCUCCAACCUGUGGCUCUCCCACUGGAGCGACUCGUCCGACGAGGACCCUGUCGCCACCAGCAAUGACAACCCUUACUAUCUCGGCAUCUAUGCGGCGCUCGGCAUCGGAAACGCCAUCACCGUGUUUUUCGCCACCUUUGUCCAAGCGCUCAGCUCCAUCCACGCGUCCGAGAUGAUGCACCAGUCCAUGCUCUACCGUGUUUUGCGCUCCCCGAUGGCCUUCUUUGACACGACGCCCAUGGGUCGCAUUGUCAACCGCUUCAGCAAGGAUGUCUACAUUUUGGACGAAACCAUCCCGUCCUCGCUGCGAUCGUUCUUGGGCAUGAUUUUCCGUGUUGCGUCCAUUGUCAUUGUCAUUGCCUAUUCGACCCCACUCUUCUUGGCUGCUGUGCUGCCGCUGGCCGUGCUGUAUGUCGCCAUUCAGCGGUUCUAUGUCGCAACCUCGCGCCAGCUCAAGCGUCUCGACUCUGUCUCGCGCUCGCCCAUCUAUGCGCACUUUUCGGAAACUUUGACGGGCGUCAGCUCCAUUCGCGCCUAUUCCCAGCGCAGGCGGUUUAUGCAGGACAACUCCACCAAGAUUGACGAAAACCAGCGUGCCUACUACCCGUCCAUUGCCUCCAACCGUUGGCUCGCCAUCCGGCUCGAGUUUAUCGGCAAUCUGAUUGUUCUCCUUGCCGCUCUCUUUGCCGUGCUCGGCCGCGACUCUGUCAAUCCUGGUCUCGUGGGUCUGUCCAUCAGCUACGCGUUGCAAGUCACCCAGACGCUCAACUGGAUGGUCCGCAUGUCCAGCGAGUUGGAGACGAACAUUGUUGCCGUGGAGCGCAUCAAGGAGUACGCCGAGAUUGACUCGGAGGCUGAGCGCGUUGUUGACACUGCGCGUCCCUCCAUCGGUUGGCCCGAUCGAGGCGCCAUCUCCUUCAAGGACUAUGCUGUGCGCUACCGUCCAGGCUUGGACCUUGUGCUGCGCGGCAUCAAUGCCGAGAUCCAGCCCGGCGAGAAGAUUGGCAUCUGCGGUCGCACUGGCGCCGGCAAAACCUCGUUGACGCUCGCCCUGUUCCGCCUGCUGGAGGCUGCUGGCGGCAGCAUUGUCAUUGACGGAAUCAACAUUUCAACGAUUGGACUGGACGACUUGCGCCGCAAUCUCAACAUCAUCCCGCAAGACCCCGUCCUGUUUUCGGGCACAGUGCGCAGCAACCUCGACCCCCUCAACCAGUACGAGGACUCGCGUCUGUGGGAGGCGCUCGAGCGUGCGCAUCUCAAGCCGGCCAUCCAAGCCCUCGACCUCAGGCUGGACGCUCCUGUCAACGAAGGCGGCGACAACUUUAGUGUUGGUCAACGCCAGCUCAUGUGCUUGGCUCGUGCGCUCCUCCGACGAACGCGCAUUCUCGUUCUCGACGAAGCCACCAGCGCGCUCGAUGUCGAGAGCGAUGCGCUCAUCCAGCAGGCCAUUCGCACCGAGUUUUCCCACUGCACUGUUCUGACCAUUGCCCAUCGUCUCAACACCAUUUUGGACAGUGACAGAAUCAUGGUGCUGGACGCUGGACGCAUUGUCGAGUUUGAUACGCCAGCAAAGCUGCUCGCCAAUCCCUCCACCGUGUUUUUCGGCAUGGCCAAGUCUGAAGGAGUCGUCGCCAGUGCCUCGUUGUGAACAGCUUUGUGGUGAUUUCAAUCGAACGAAGUUUGUGUCGUUCGUGUGUUUGUGUGUGUUUGUGUGUGUGUGUGUGUGUGUGUGUGUGUGUGUGUGUGUGUGUGUGUGUGUGUGU